GGCAGGUUUGAUGAAUCGUGACUGCAGCACAGAGAAAGGCAGGUCAAUAUUUUUACCGCAGAGGCAAGUCCAUCUCAAAAGCCAGUCAGAAACACGCACUCUGCCUGCCGCAUAAACAACAGCCAGCAAAGACCUGGGUGGAGGGAUAUGGAGCUUCUUCACGUGGCAGUUCCUGCUUCGUCACCACUGAGCUUCUGAUAGGGGGACGAGGACAAGGGAAACCAUAUCCAAUCACAAAAGGGAAACUAGGACUCCUGACCCAGCGAUGGAGAGGUCAAGCGGGACAACGUAUCUCAACAUGGAUGCUGUGGCCUCUCGGGUGGGAGUUGCUCGACUCUUGCAGGCCGCGUUCGGAUGCACUACCUUCAGCCUCGUGGCCCACCGAGGGGGAUUCAGCGCUGCCUACGGCUCCUUCUGUGUAUCGGUCUGGUGCCUCUGCUUUGCCGUCACCACCUUCAUCCUCACCUGCGAGUUCACUCGCCUCCACAGCUGCCUCAGCAUCUCCUGGGGGAAUUUCACAGCUGCCUUUGCCAUGCUCGCCACCCUCAUGUCCGUCACCGCCGCUGUGAUCUACCCGCUCUACGUCCAGUUUGACUGCGACUCCAAGAGUUGCGAGGUGAGAAACUUCCGCAUUGCCAGCAGUGUUUUCGCAGGGCUUCUCUUCUGGGCCUAUGCCGCAGAAGUGUUUCUAACUAGGGCCAAGCCAGGACAGGUGUCGAGUUACAUGGCCACAGUUUCAGGCCUCCUGAAAAUUGUCCAGUCCUUUGUAGCUUGCAUCAUCUUUGGCGCUCUGGCGAAGGACAGCCAAUACAAUACGUAUGCAGCUACCCAGUGGUGUGUGGCUGUUUACAGCUUCUGCUUUGUGGUGACAGUGGUAGUGGUGGCUCUCAAUGUCACGGGAAAAACAGCCACACUGAAAUGCCCUUUUGAGCACUUUGUGGUCGUGUACACAUUCGUGGCUGUCCUGAUGUAUAUGAGCGCAGCUGUGAUAUGGCCGGUUUUCUGCUUUGAUCGUAAAUAUGGCUCUCCACACCGUCCCUACCAGUGUUCCCGAGCCACGUGUCUGUGGGACAACCAGGUGGCCAUUGCGGUAUUCACCUAUGUGAACCUAGUACUCUACAUGGUGGAUUUAGCAUACUCGCAGCGUAUCCACUUUGUCUCACCUCACUAAUGCUCAGUUCUGAUGCUAUAAGAAUCUUAAAUGACUCCAAGAAUGAGAGAUUUAGGACCUGUUACAAAGCUGACACAAUCAAAGUGUGUACUUAAGAAGAGGCCUAUCCAUGGGGGAAAAAUGGGAUGGUUUGAAAAAAUACUCAGUGUACAGUAAUCUGCUAGGUCAUAGAGGCAACGCCAUCAGAAUUCUAGACCACAAACGGGUUUAUUGCAAUAUCCAGUUCUCUUAGGCCUAAUACCAAGAAUUCAGAAAUAGGUUUUGAAUCCUAGAUUUGUUGGAAGAACUCCUGAGUAAUUUGAACUUGCAGCAGAAAUAGAAAGACAAUUGAAAUGCCAGAAAAAACACCUGCCAAUACUAAAGAUAAGUUUUUGUUAAAGGAAACAAAAUACCUUUUUCAUAAGCCUGGUAGGUAUUGCCAGAUAUUCCAAAGCAGGAGGAAGGAGAGAUUAAACCAUCAUGAAGAUUUGAAAUCCUUUGAACUUCAAGCUUCCUCCAGACAAAGGAGAUUUCAAAUAACGAUUUCUAUAUGCAUGUGCUGGGUUGUGAGUAAGGGGGGUAUUCCUGUUGGGAGCUGUUUGAAAAUACUAUUACACUGUAACUGACAAUUGCAACAGGAAGGCUGCUGUGCUUUUCAAAACAAUUACUUCCAGACAGUCCCUCUCAAUAGUCCUUCAAGAAGAAAGAAUCGGAGAUGCCUGUGGAAAUUGUGGCUGCCUGCAAGAUAUGUCUGCCUUUUAAGUCAAAGAAUCUUCACUCAGACAAAUGAUUGUAAUGUUUCGUACAGACAUUAAGGCAGCUUCCCCCAACCUGGAGUUCUCUAGAUGUAUUGGGACAAUAACUCCCAGAGUUCCCAGACGUAAUGGGGAUCAAUCACAUCGCAGAAGAACUAGUUGUGUGCCUUUCCAUUUAAAAAGGACGUGUGUAACAUGAAUUUAAUGAAGUGCCUAUUGCCUGAAAUGUGCUAGUUCUUAGCUUACGGCUAAGACGUCAUUUGCAGAAUUAAUCAUGAUGCAAGCAGCAAUACAGUAGUUGAUACCCUACAGUGU